AUGGAUUCGGACGAGGAACGAGAAAACGCCAGAGUAGUUCAAAACCAGCCGUACGACGAAGCUUUAGAAAUCCCAGACGGUGAGGAAGUAGCUAGUACAUAUUCCCCAACACCAAGAGUCAACCCCGCAGAACGAGGGAAAAGUGUUGGAUCAAUGGAGUCUAAUUUAUCAGGAAACAAUUCAGAGGAAGAAGAGGAGGAAGAGGAUGAUGAUGAAUUUCCAGAGGAUAUGGGACCGAUGGGGGGACAAAUGGACCAGAUGGGACAAUUAGGACAAAGGGGUCCACCGGGACGUGCUCCACCUGGUGGUGGACAACAGGAUCAAGGAGGAACGCAACAGCAGCAACAACAACAGUUCAAUUCUGAAGAUGAGGAAACUGACUCAUCAGAUGAAGAUGAUGAUGACGAUGAUGAUGAUGAUGAAGAUGAGGACCAUGCUCCAUUGGAAGGGGCGUAUGAUCCUGCCGACUAUGAGAACCUGCCUGUUACUCCUGAAAUAAAGGAAUUGUUCCAGUAUAUUACAAGGUAUACGCCACAGUCAAUUGAGCUGGAACAUAAACUGAAGCCAUUCAUCCCAGACUUUAUUCCAGCUGUUGGUGAUAUCGAUGCUUUUAUCAAGAUUAUUCGACCAGACAGCAAGCCAGACACCCUGGGUUUAAAUGUGUUGGACGAACCAUGUGCCAAGCAGUCCGACCCAACAGUUCUGGAUCUCCAACUCCGUGCUAUCUCCAAACAGACAACAGACAAAAAAGUUGUUGUUAAGAGUUUGGAGUCGGCCGAGAAGAAUCCUAAACAUAUCGACAGCUGGAUAGAAAGUAUUCGUGAACUCCGGCGUAUACAGCCCCCUCCCAACGUACAUUACUCUAAAAAUAUGCCUGAUAUAGACACACUUAUGCAGGAAUGGCCACCAGAAUUUGAAGAAUUACUUAAAGAGGUUGGUCUACCUACUGCAGAACUGGACUGUGAUCUCGCAGAAUAUGUUGACUUAGUGUGUUCUAUAUUGGAUGUGCCUAUAUAUAAAGGGUCUCCUCAUAGGAAUGAAAGGGUUCUAGCACUUCACGUCAUCUUUACACUGUUCUCCGAGUUCAAAAAUUCACAGCAUUUCCGAACACUUGCAGAGGAAAACAAACUAGACAACAAUUUAAAGGAAUCUAAUAGUUUUGGAGGCGGAGCGGGAUCAGAAGAUAACAGACUGACUUUCUGAUUCUGUUCAUCAUCAUCAUCAUCAUCAUCAAUAACAUUGUCAAAAAUAAGAAAGAAUGAGAAGAAACAGAAAUUAAUGUAGAAGUGCAUUUGUAGAAAAAAACAUCGCAGAUCAAACUUUUGUAAUAUGUUUUAAAAUUCAGGAAGUAAGAAAUUGCUAUUUUAACUGAAAGGCAAUCAAACUAGGCGUUGAUUUUUAUUAAAGUUCUACAGACUCUCCAAUACGUUCUAAGGGAUAUAUGGAAACAUACGAAUAACAAACAUCUCUUUUAGAAAGAGCAUUGUUUGGGAGCAUGAUUGGUAAUGUUCUUUAUUGACUAUUUAUAGAUAGACUGGAAAGUGAACAUUUGUUCUAUCUAAGGAAUUAGAAGAAAUCUGAGAACUAGACAUCAAAGUCUCACUGAGAGGGAUUUACAUACUGACUAGUAUAGAGUAAUAUUACCUUUCCCAUUCUAAAAGAUUUCAUUUUAGCUUUUCUUUGGAGAGAAAAUAAUAUUUUGAUAUGAAAUAUUGCAAACUCCGUCCACUUAUUUUUAUAGGGGAAUUAUUAUGCCUGUUAUUUAUACAGAAGAACUCUAGAUCUCUAACAGAGUGAUUUCUCUGAUUUUCAUUCUCCACCAAAUGUAUCUAUGAUUGAGUUACCAAAGGUUAAACCAUGUAAAUUUGGUGGAAUUCUUUUUUCAUAGAUAAGUUGUCAUUGUUGUUUUCACUGAAAACCACAAAAUGUUAUAUAAUUUGAAAAUAUUUUGUAUUUAUUGAAAAAAAAUUUAAAAGAUCUGAGAAUUCAUUUAGAUAAAACUUUGUACAAAAGCU